AUGGUUGCUGAUAGUGAUUUUUGGACUCUAGCUACUGUAUUGCCCCUAAAUAGAGUGGUACUGGUGUACAUUGUUGAUGAUGACCAACUGAUCAAUUCAGCCCCAAACAUUGAAAUUCAAGCUUCAGCAAACCCUUUCGACAUUCCUCACAUGUCAGCCCCGAACAUCGAAAUUCAAGCUUCAACAAACUCUUUUGACAUUCCUCACAUGUAUGAUCCUUUAGGUAUAUUUGAGGGAUUUUUGGAGCAAGCUUAUGAAGGAGAUUGGGAACAAGACAAUCUUGUUGAGGUAGGUAUGCAUAACAUGGAAAAUGAAGAGAAAGAUGGCAAUGGCAAUUCGGAAGAUUCAGAUUAUCGAGACUCAGACUAUGAACAAAGUGAUGUCGAUGACAACUUAUUUGACGACAAUGUAGAGAAAACUAAAGGGAAAUAUACCAAUGGAAAAUGCAAUGGAAAUAGAAGUGGUUCUAGCUCAUCAUCUGAAGGUGAACAACCAAUGAAGCGGAAAAGUAAGAAUAAAAUGCCCAAACUCAUUCCUUUCAGAAGUGAUUUGAAUAUCAAGAACCCACAAUUUAGAACUGGAAUGAUAUUUUCCAAUAGAAAGGAGUUCAGACAAGCAGUGACAUAUUAUGGUUGUGUGAAUGAAAGACAAAUAAGAUUCCCAAUAAGAGAGCGUUAUAAAGUUCAGGGUAAGCGUUCAAAUGAGGGAUGCCCAUGGGUGAUUUAUGCAAGCAAAAUAGAUGGGAGCUCUGCACUUAUAGUGAAGACACUCAAUGAUGUCCAUACAUGCCCGAGAAAGGAAAAGCUUAGACUACACACCUCAACUUGGUUAUCACAUAGGUAUGCUGAGGAUUUGCUUGACAAUCUUAAAUGGGAUGUGUCAAAAUUCCAACAAACUGUUCAUAAACAAUACAAUUUGCACGUAACACUGGCUCAACUUUAUAAAGCACGGUCAUUGGCAGCUGAGAAGAAUGAAGGAGCUUAUGUGGAGCAAUAUGCAAGGUUAUGGGAUUGUUGUGAGAAGCUCAAGCGAAGAAAUCCUGGCAGUACAAUUUUGGUGAAGACUAAAAUGGAAUGA